AUGCCAACCCCCAACAUCUCCACCUCUGCAGCCAAAGGCUUCCGCAGGGCGGUGUCGGAGCUGGACUCCAAGCAAGCCGAGGCCAUCAUGUCUCCACGGUUCAUUGGUAGACGCCAAAGCCUCAUUGAAGAUGCCAGGAAGGAACGAGAGGCUGCAGCUGCAGCCACUGAUGCUGCAGAGGCCACAGAGACAAUUGUUUUUGAGGAGAAGGAUGGGAGAGCCAUGCUGAACCUGUUCUUCAUGCUCAAGGGUGCCAAGACCUCUCCACUCUCACGAGCACUCAAGGUGUUUGAGACAUUUGAAGCUAAAAUCCACCACUUGGAGACAAGACUCAGCCGAAAGCCCCGUGAAGGAACUGCUGAAUUGGAGUAUUUUGUGCGCUGUGAGGUGCACAGCUCUGACCUCAAUACUUUCAUUAGCUCCAUCAAGAGGGUAGCAGAAGAUGUGAGGACCACUAAGGAAGACAAAUUUCACUGGUUUCCCAGAAAAAUAUGUGAAUUGGACAAGUGCCACCAUUUGGUCACCAAGUUUGACCCUGACUUGGACUUGGAUCACCCGGGCUACUCUGAUCAGGUAUAUCGCCAAAGAAGGAAAUCAAUAGCAGAAAUUGCUUUUCACUAUAAGCAUGGAGACCCAAUCCCUCAUGUGGAGUACACAGCAGAGGAGACUGCUACUUGGAAGGAGGUAUACAGCACUCUGAAGAGCCUGUAUCCAACCCAUGCCUGCAAGGAGUACCUAGAAGCUUUUAAUCUACUGGAGAAAUUCUGUGGCUACAGUGAGAACAACAUCCCCCAGCUGGAGGAGGUCUCCCGCUUCCUGAAAGAGAGGACUGGCUUUCAGCUCCGGCCUGUGGCCGGUCUGUUGUCUGCACGUGACUUCCUUGCCAGCCUGGCCUUCCGUGUGUUCCAGUGCACACAGUAUAUCCGCCACGCGUCUUCACCCAUGCACUCCCCUGAGCCGGACUGCUGUCAUGAGCUACUGGGGCACGUCCCAAUGCUGGCUGACAAGACGUUUGCCCAGUUCUCCCAGGACAUUGGACUUGCAUCUCUGGGAGCAACUGAUGAAGAAAUUGAGAAACUGGCUACACUUUACUGGUUUACAGUGGAGUUUGGACUCUGCAGACAGAAUGGGAUAGUCAAAGCCUAUGGGGCAGGGCUCCUGUCUUCCUAUGGGGAGCUCAUACACUCCUUGUCAGAUGAACCAGAGGUACGGGACUUUGAUCCUGAUGCUGCUGCCGUUCAGCCCUACCAGGACCAGAACUACCAGCCUGUGUAUUUUGUGUCUGAGAGCUUCAGUGAUGCCAAAACCAAGCUGAGGAACUAUGCGGCACAUAUCAAGCGGCCCUUCUCAGUGAAAUACGAGCCCUACACCCACAGCAUCGAGCUCCUGGACAGCCCCCAGACCAUCUGCCACUCCCUGGAGAGUGUAAGGGACGAGCUUCAUUCGCUGAUUAACGCGCUCAAUGUGAUCAGUUAAUAAGAGAACUGAGCUCUUCCAUUCCCCUCUGCCCUCCCAUGUUCCUAGUCCAUAACUUUUAACUGUUGCCUCCAAACAUUUGCACUGCUGCCCAUCCUCAUGCUACCCCAA